UAAAAAAAAGUCACCUUUACCCCAUGAGUAACCACUCACCCACCACCCGUUUGAGUUCAUUACCGUCACCUGUGCACCCCACAGUCAGUGAUAAUCCAACUGCUACCAUGGGCAAGACAAGAGCUUUUGAAAGAAACCAGAGAAACAAAAUGUUGAACUCCACAAAGCUGGGAAAGGCUAUGGGACAAUUGGAAAGCUGAUUGGGCUCCAUGCAAGAUCUACCUCGACGUAGGGUCUCAAUGAUCCUAAGAAUGGAUGCUCGAUAGGUUGCCGGCUGCGGCUUUCUGAGAAGGAAGAUGACGAGCGUUCAGAGUCUCCUGCUGGAUGAGGAAGCGUGCAGUCAACUGAGUGAACCUCAGCGAGCCGAAUUCAUCUUUGAAUGGCUCAGCCGCCUGAAGAAGCUCCUCCCGUCCAGUGACAGGGCCACCGUCAAACAGAAUCAGCACCGCUUAGUGGAUCAGCUGUCGUGCGUUUUGGUGGGAUCGCCCGGCCCGCCUGCCCGCGGGUUGUUAGCCGACUGCCUGGCGCUGCUUUUUCGGCUGGGAGAUUCUGUACCCUCUAGCUUACUGGUGGAAAAGUGCAAUGACUUAAUUCGCGUCAGGGACGACUCGCCAUCCGGUCUCCCCAACAGAUUGGCGGCCGUGGCAUGUCUUGGGGCCAUGUUUGAGCAUUUGGGCCGGAUGCUGAGCGGUCUCUUCAAGGACACGCUGGCCAACCUGCUGAAGGCCCUGAAGCAUGCUGAGUCCCAAGGUCGCUACGAGAUCAUGAUGUCGCUGGAGAGGAUGCUGCGAGGUCUUGGUGCGGGUGCAGCAUCGGGUCAUCGCGACGUUUACAAAGCGGCCAGGACCUGCCUGACAGACCGCUCCAUGGCGGUUAGAUGUGCCGCAGCUAAGUGCCUGCUAGAGCUACAACGCGAGGCGGCGUUCCUUUGGACCAGCGAGCUGGAAAACGCGGCCACGCUGUGCUUCCGGGCUUUCGAGGGUUCUGACCAUGACGCCCGCGUCUUGGUCGCCAAGCUGCUAGGAAGCCUUCUGGCAUCCGCGCUGGAUCCUGGAGAUCACGGCAGUUCCCCCAGACAUAGUGGGCGAGGCCGCGGCGCCUUGGAGGAGGUCAUGGACCUGUUGUCUUUGGGCUUCGUGAGGGGUGGCGCGGGCUUCCUGCGGGCCAGUGGCGACAUGUUGAAGGGGACCAGCUCUGUGAGCAAGGAGGUCCGCAUCGGCGUCACCCAGGCUUGCGUGGUCUUUGUGUCGCUGAUGGGGGGCGCCUGGCUAGAGGCCAACUUGGCGUCAUUCCUGUCACCGCUGAUGGCGCUUGUGUCCAACUUCGGCACGGGUGAUGCUGCCGCGGCCACCUGCCGCUGCGUCUCUUUCAUCCUGAGGAGUACAGUGGGGUCCCUCCUAGGCGAGAAGGCACAGGGCAACGCUGCCAGGCAACUGUGCGCCACCGUGGCACAGCACAAGCACACUUUUGAUCUCUCCGCGGCUGACGGGAACACGGAUGGGAAGGCCGGCACCUCUAGUCAACACGUGUUGGUCUGCUGCCUCCUGGAGUUGGGAGCGCUGAUUCAAGACUUGGGCUCCAUGGCCGCCCCGCUUUUGACUGACAGUAGUACAGGCCUCCUGGACUCCGUGAUCUCAGUCCUCCUCCACCCGAUGCCUCGAGCCCGGCUGGCUGCCGCCUGGUGCCUGCGUUGCGUGGCAGUGGGCGUGCCGUCGCAGUGCUGCCCGCUGCUGGACCGGUGCGCAGAGCGUCUGACAACGCUCAGGUCUUGCCCCGAAGCUGUUGCGGGCUACGGCGCCGGACUGGCCGCCCUCGUCGCAGCGGUGCAGUGCCGCACCCUCGGAAUACCGUGCGACAAGAGCAAGGCGGUGCUGGAUCUGUCCGAGGACUUGCUGCGGUCGGCUUCGCAGAACGCACGCAUCGCGCUGCAGAGGAUGCACAUCGGCUGGCUGCUUAUCUCCUCCCUAUGCACUCUGGGUCCAGCGGUUGUAGAUCAGCACCUCCCUCGCCUCCUCCUCCUGUGGCGCUGUGUGUUUCCUGCCUCCCUCAGGGAACAGGAGAUGGAGCUGAGGCGAGGGGACUACUUUACGUGGAAGGUGACGCUGGAGGGACGUGCCGGGGCGCUCUGUGCAAUGAAGAAGCUGCUGAUCCACUGCAAGGAUCUGGUGACCGAUGACAUCAUCGGUCACCUACUCACGCCCGUUACUUGUGCCGUGGCCCUCCUCCCGAAACUUCCUGCUCUGGUGGGCUCGUACGGUUCUCGCGUGGCGGCAUGGGCGCCACUUUACCGACUGCGGGCAUACGAGCUGCUUGCCGCGCUGCCGCCACACGUCUACAGAGAGAGUUUUGGUUUGGUGAUGAACCAGCUGGUAUCGGACCUGCUGGCCCCGGAGAACCUCAACCGUCCGUGCUCGGAGCCCGACUUCCUGCCGUCCCUCUGUCACCAUGAUGACCUCCCGCUGCUCGGCCCGGCCUACCAUGAAAGCGGUUACGUUGAGGAUCAGGUGUACUCCGUGGCGGGAUCUUUAGACAACGACCCAUUCGCUCUGUGUGUCGGAAGUGACGAAGCUCCUGCCCCUCUUCCUUCCACUGCUGCCUUGCCCGCUGCCGCCACUUACCUUUUCGGCCUCCUCUUCCCACACAUCAUCUCCGCUCAGAGGGUGAAGAUUCUGGAACAGUUCGUCCAGACGCUGAAGCAGCUGAAGAGUCAAAGACACCAGACGGUCCAGACCCAUGUUUGUGCUGCCCUCUGUAGUUUGCUCAUGGACCCGAACACCUGCCGAGGUUGUCUCGGCCUGGAGGAAGCCCGUCUCCCGGCGGCGUCUCUCCUAUUAGGGGCGCUGGACGCCAACAGCGCCGCCUUGCGGUGUGCGGCGGCCGAGGGACUGGCGCGCCUCGUGCAGGUCGUUGGAGACACUGGCUUCACCGUCUCCACUGCGCUUCUCUGUUUUGAGAGGCUAAAGAGUGCCCGAGACGCGGCUUCUCGCAGCGGCUGUGCUCUGGCUCUCGGCACGCUGCACCGCUAUGUGGGCGGUGUCAGCUCUCCUCAGCAUUUGUCCACGUGUCUGGGUGUCAUCUUCACGCUGAGUCAGGACACCACAUCGCCAGAGGUUCAGACGUGGUCUCUACACAGUCUUUCCCUGUUGAUGGAACAAUCGUGCAGUCUCUACCGAGCCCAUGCAGGACCAUCUUUCAACCUUGUGCUGCGCCUCUUGCUCUCUGCGUCGCCCACCCACCCCGAAGUGCAUCGUAGCCUGGGACGAUGCCUGCACGGCCUCAUCGCUUGCCUGGGUCCGGACCUGCAAGGUGAGGGGUCCGACAUGGCGGCAUUGCGUUCCAGUUGCCUAGUAGCAUGCGGCGCCAUGCAGGCCACACCCCACUGUCUGGUUCAGGCCCGCGCCGUUUCCUGUCUGCAACAACUGCACAUGUUCUGCCCUCAACACGUCCACCUGGCUAGCCUUGUACCAACGCUCUGUGAAAUCUUACUGGAAUGUUCCAUGUUGACCAACCUGCGCAGCUCGCAGCUUUUCCUGCGGCAGGCGGCGGUGGCAUGCCUGCGGCAGCUGGUGCAGCGUGAGGCACCGGAAGUCCGCCGCCUCGCCGUCAUGCGGGUCAAGGAGCUGCAGAGGAGGGACAACACACAACUAGACAUCACAAUGAAGGAGGUGGGCCUCGAGGGGGCGCUCUUCUCCCUGCUGGAUCAGGAGUCUGAAGCAGGACUUCGGAGGGACAUCCGGGAGACGUUGGUCCACAUGAUGGUAUCCGGAGAUGCUGGCAGCGCACUGGGGCAUAGGCUCAAGCUCUGCAAGGACAUUUUGGCCGCGUCCACCGCGUGUGGAAGUGUGGGCCGAGAAGAUGACGAGGCGGACCCCGGCGGCGGCGACGACGACUCGUUAGCCUUCCGAGCUCGGUCUGACUCGCCGGGCCCGUUUACAGCCAUGCGCUGGUCCACGCGCCGCUUCGCAGUGGAGUGUGUCUGUCGCAUCAUCGCGCAGUGCCAGAAAGACGAACCCGCGCACUUUGACCUGGCCUUGGCUCAGGAGAAACGCCAGUGCGACUCCACCGACUUCCUAGUGCUCCACCUGGGCGAGCUGGUGCGCGUGGCCUUCAUGGCGGCCACCGACCCGCACGAGCGGCUGCGGCUGGCGGGUUUGCGAUCGCUGCUGGCCAUCAUCGUGCACUUCAAGAACGUGGCGGAACCUGAGUUCCCUGGUCACGUCAUUCUCGAGCAGUACCAGGCCAACGUCGGAGCUGCUCUCAGACCAGCUUUCGGUGCAGAUGCUCCUCCCGAUGUCACGGCAAAGGCAUGUGAGGUGUGCAGCACAUGGCUAUCAAGCGGUGUGCUCAGUGAGCCGCGCGACAUCCGGCGCGUGCACCAGCUACUUGCCUCGUCACUGGCCAAGGUCCGGGCGGGUAGCGAGGCGCGCGGUCAACUCUACAACGAGGCUACAGUUACCAUGGAAAACCUGGCCGUGCUCAAGGCUUGGGCGCAGGUUUACAUCGCAGCCAUCUGGAAAAGCGGACGGGAGGUGGACCCUGACGGCACCGACGGCCUUCUGGCUCUGGUCCAAUCAGAUCUUCCCGAGUUGAGCCGCCUGUGGCUAGCGGCGCUGCGGGACUACAGCGCACUGAUGCUGCCACGGGAUGACGUCACGGGCUUGGAGACUGAGAUGGCCAGUCAGACCGCAAGUUAUUACUCCGCCUCCUGGGCGCCCAUCUUGCACGCCACUGCUCUCUGGCUUCGUAGCGCAGGUUUCGUGAUGUGUGAUGACGCCCCCGCCAACCUGUCCCGCCCGGUCACGCCCACCUCCAUGGGGCACGGCAGCUCAGCGGACGCGCUCCAGAGUCCGGAGGAUGUCGGUGCUGAGCGACUGCACCUGAUCCUGGGCCUCAGUGUGCACUUCCUGUGUUCCCCUCACUCUGAGGACCGCAUGGAGAACAUUACUUCCUGUCUGCGAGCUCUACAAGCACUGCUGGACGUCUCCUGGGCACGAGGCAAAAUCGCUUGCGACCAGCUACUGAGCGCGGAGCUGCUGGGCGUCCUCCACCGGCUGAUGGUCACCAGAGAGUCUGCUUCCGUCCAGGCGGACUUGUUGGACUUGCUGGCACGCAUUGUGACGGCCACUCAGGAGCACGUCAGGGAGAAGCGACACAGUGCAGAAGUGGAUGACGGCGCGUCGGAGAAGGAGACCUUGCCGGAGUUCGGGGAGGGCCGCGACACGGGCGGUUUGGUGCCUGGACGCUCGCUGGUCUUCGGGGCGCUGGAGAUCUGUCUCAGCGUGCUGCUGAGAAAGCUGCCGGUUCUCAGCCCCAAAAUGGCCGCCUCGGAGCACCUUUGCGGUCCUGGCGGUUCGGUGUGGAAUCUGAGCGACAGCGAUUGUCUCCUGGUGUCGUCGGCCUUGCGCGUCCUCUCUCAGCUGCCGUCGGUGUGCUCGCCCGAAGGAAGCAUCUCCAUCUUACCCACAAUCCUUUACUUGCUUCUGGGAGUGCUAAGAGAGCUCGCGAUACAACCCGGCACACAACAUGUAAAACCUCAAGUAACAGUGUGGCCUCUCCCGGAUACCCUGGAGGCAGACUCCGGGUUGAACUUCACGGGACCUGGCCUGGUGGCUCGGACGCUUCUGCUCACGCUCAAAACGGUGUUGGCGUCCUCACCGAGUCGCCAAGAGAAAAGUGGCGACGCGUGGAAGAGCAUCGCGCGCUCUGCUCUCUGCACGCUGCUGGACGCGCAGAACGCCGAUCGUAUGGACGAGGCGGCCCUUCUGACAGGGCUCACUGUCUUCCUGUCAGCCGCCGGUCCAGACUUGUGUGCGGGGGCGCCUGCGCUGCACGCCGUCACGCUACGGCGCUUCGGUGACGCCAUGGACCAUAAAGACCCUGACGUGGCGGGUCGCUGCUUCCGAUUGUUGGCGUGGCUCUUUGGAACCCGACCGGACGUUUCCGCGCCGUACAUCCGAUCACUUGGACCAGCACUGCUGAGGUUCCUCCAGAAUGUGGAGCGGCGGCGACCUCAAUGUCCGGAGGAGCUGCAGGCGGUUCUGGAGGCCAUUGCCGCCUUGGAGGUUUUGGUGCUGGCAGCAGACGUGGACCGGCGUCCUCAGCUGGUGGGCGUCUUGUUCCCUCUGCUCAUCUCCUUCCUGUUGGACGAAAACGCGCUGAGCUCAGCGCCCGCGCCGUCUCGCUCGCUCCACCAGGCGGCGCUCAAGGACCUAAUGCGUCUGGGACCUCAACACCCGGCUGUUUUCAGGUCUCUGGUGUCGACGUCUCCUCCCCUGAAGGCCCGCCUGGAAGCUGCUCUCAAGGGAAGCCAGGAGAGCGCUAAAACUAGCGCCGCCCCUAGCUCCACCUCCAAGUCAUCACCUAGCAUCACGCUAAAAACAAACUUCUUGUGAGAUUGAGUCACUCACCAAUUUGGUACAUUUAUUUGGAUUUUUUUUUUUGUAAAUUGGAAAAAGUCCAUUUUAGUGAAGUGAAAUGUACAUUUAUUAUAAAAUGAAAAUACAGAAAAUUGUUUUUCAUUAAAAAAAUGUUUUUUUUUUUUAAGAAAACAGUAAUUACACACUUUAUUUUUUUAACUUAAAAAAUAUCUUUUUUUUUUUUUUGUUAACUCAUUAGCUGCCAUCGAGUGCUGGACGUCCAAUCCAUUUUUUAUGGGAGGGUUGGCAACAAUCGUUUUAGCAAUUAAAAAAAUGAUCAAUAUAAAAAGAAUUUACUGUAUGUUCCUUUUUUUAAUCACACACAUUUUUAAUUAAUAAUAGAAUAUUCACUUUUUAUCUUUGGUUUUAUUUUUAUAAAACAAAAAUUAAAGAUGAAAAAUGUGAAUAUAUUUUUUCCCUUUUUUGUUUUUUAUUAAAUGUAAAAAAAAAAAAAGGUAAUUUUUUCCCCUUUUAUUUUUUUUAAAUGUAAAUAAAAAAAGAUGAUUAAAAAAAUAUGACAAAUAAAAAGACUUUGCUGUAUUUUCGUUAAAACAAUUCAAAACGUGAAUAUUUACAUUUACAAUAAAAUCGAAAAUACAUAAAAUGUAUUGACACCUGGAUAAAGUUGCUCCAUCAUUGGGUGCCAGUUAAAAAAGGAAUUGGACAUCCAUCACCGUCAAUAGCGCUGAAACGGCGAGCAGCCACUAAGAUGGGUCCGUCUUACAUCAACUAUAUUCUCACGUAUUUUCUCAUGAUGAUUUAAAAAAUCGGACAUUGAAUUACAGUACAACAACUAUAAAACUAUGAAUACACAGUAUUGCACGUGUUAAGUCCGUCAUCUUCAUGAAAGGUGACUUUUCAAAGUGCCAGUGCGUAAUGGGAAGCUCUGCCCACCGACAUGGCGGGCGAAUGGGCGUCCGUCGCCGUGCGUUGUCUGCGGUCGUCAGGACGCCAGCCGUCCGUGCACCUUGAAACUGUACAAGCACGUGUACGUGGGGUCUCCCCAGUUGCUCUCCACGCAUAGGUUCACGUAACUGCUGACAGGGGAUCCAUUGUCCUGUGUCAGAAUAUUUUUAAAUAUAUUUUUGUACCAUUUUAGUUGUUUUAUAGUGAGUAAUGAGUAAUAAUGCUAGUUUCCAUGCUAAUGACAAUGACGGCGCGAGACGUCAAAUCCAUAUGAUAUGACCCCUCCCAUUGGAUGUCUUGCGCUGUCAUUGGCGGCCAAGAGUUCAAAAAUAAAGUUAAAAAAAAAAAGGAAUUAAAAUAUAGAUAUUAAAAUAGAAAAGGGGAAUACAGUGAUCCCUCGUUUUUCGCGGUUAAUGGAGACCCCCCCAAACCCCAGCAGAAAUUGAAAA